AUGAUCCCUGCAGGUUUGAUCAAACUCUCUGCUGCUCUGCUCUGGAUUGGAGGUCUAACUGACGGGACUGAUGUCACUCAGACUCCUUUGCUGUGGAUGGUCGAGGGUCAAUCUGCCACAAUCAACUGCAGUCACACUAAGGGUGCUACUUUUUUCCAGAUGUAUUGGUACCAACAGCUGCCAGGGAAAACAAUGAAGCAAAUUGUUUUCACAACUUCAACCCCUCCACAUCAAUAUGAAAGUGGAUUCACUAAGGACAAAUUUCCAGCCACUAAGAAAGAUGCUCUGACUGGAUCUCUGACGGCGGAGAAGCUGCAGCCUGAAGACAGCGGACUUUAUUUCUGUUCUGUGAGUCAACACAGUGAUACAGGUUCCUCUCUCAGUGAAAAAGUCGACCAGAAUCCACCCGAUAUGUUCAAAAAUCCCAGAGAAGCAGCCAAAAUUAGCUGUUCACACAGUAUAGACAACUAUGAUAGAAUCCUCUGGUAUAAACAGCUAGAGAACAGAAAGCUACAGUUCCUAGGAUACAUGCUAGCAGGCAGUAAAUUUCCAGAGAAAGGACUGGAUGUGGACAUGGAGAUGGAAGGGAGUGCAGAUAAAGGAGAGACCUGCACAUUAACAAUCAACAGUCUCAGUGUGAGCAGCAGUGCAGUUUACUUCUGUGCUGCUAGUUACCACAGUGCUACAUAUCACUGA